AUGUCAGCAUGCCACUUCAGAUCCCAUUCGUUCCUACGCCCCCGCCUCUUCGAUCGUUCCCCGAUUCCCACCGCUUUGAUCCUCCCUGCCUCUUCGAACCCUCCUCCAAACCGCCGCUUCGAUCCCUCCUCUGCCUCUUCAAUCCUUCCUCCGCCUCUUCGAUCUCUCUCUACGCUUCAUAUCCCUCAUUCUCUCGCGUCCCCGCCUCCUUCCCCUGUCGCCCCGCAGGGCACGGAGGAUCUUCUUCUCCUCCUCCCCCUCGCCAUCACGCAAUCGAUCGGAGGAGCUCGCAGGCCCCUGCGCUCUCACCCCAACGCUCGCGCCCUGUUCGACGAAAUGCCGAGGCGAUUGCAGGGCGCUUCGCAGGCAUCAGAGAGGUGGGGCUCGGGCGCUUCGCAGGCAUCGGAGAGGUGGGGCUCGGCGCUGGGAUGGUGGUAUCCGAACACUCCUGGGAUUUGGACGAAGGAGCAAGUGGAAGCGUGGAAGCCCAUUGUAGAUACGGUUCAUGAGAAGGGAGGUGUCUUCUUUUGCCAGAUUUGGCAUGUGGGGCGAGUUUCAAACUAUGAAUUUCAGCCUAAUGGCCAACCUCCAAUUUCGUGCACCGACAGGCCAGUGGCACCUCAAGUGCGAGCGAAUGGCAUCGACGUCGCUAAAUUCGCCCCUCCAAGGCGAUUAUCAACAGAGGAGAUCCCUUUAAUUGUCAACGAUUUCAGAGUUGCUGCUAGAAACGCUAUCGAAGCUGGUAAAUGUUCUUCUAACCCAGCUACCACUCUUUUGAGUCAGUGUGAUAUAUAUCCAAAAAUCUUUUGUUUAAUCUUAUUGAUUCUGCUCAUUCUUUUGCUCUUUAAAUUGAUUCAGUUAAAUGAAAUAGUCGACGAAAUCGGGGCUGAUAAUGUCGGAAUGAGGCUCUCUCCUUAUGCUAACUAUAUGGAAUCCGGAGAUUCAGAUCCCGAUGCUCUCGGCCUCUACAUGGUGAAUUCUCUGAACAAAUUUGGAAUUUUGUAUUGCCACAUGGUGGAGCCAAGAAUGGUGAAAGUAGGCGAAAAGCCUUAUGCUAACUAUAUGGAAUCCGGAGAUUCAGAUCCCGAUGCUCUCGUCCUCUACAUGGUGAAUUCUCUGAACAAAUUUGGAAUUUUGUAUUGCCACAUGGUGGAGCCAAGAAUGGUGAAAGUAGGCGAAAAGGUCGAAACUCCUCAUAAUCUGCUACCUAUGAGGAAUGCUUUUAGGGGAACAUUUAUCGUCGCAGAGGGCUAUAAUAGAGAAGAAGGGAAUAAGGCUAUUUCAAGUGGGUAUGCUGAUUUGGUCGCAUACGGGCGUGUGUUUUUGGCUAAUCCCGACCAGCCUCGGAGGUUUGAACUAGAUGCUCCUCUUAAUAGAUAUAUUAGAGAUACUUUUUACAUUCCUAAUCCUGUUAUCGGCUACACAGAUUACCCAUUUCUUCAAUCAGAUGCACAGAAAGAGUCUUAAGCCAACAUGAUAUUUGAAUACCAAUUACUAUUGUCCAAAGUAUUUCAUAACUGAACAACUAUUGAAUACUAUAUAUGAUCAUUAGACUUCAAUUCUACAAUAGUAUGUAUUAUUAAUUACUGAUCAUAAGCUCAUAUAUAGAUCUAUAUAUCAUGCUCCUUAUGCUAAAUAAGUCGCACCUUCUCUACCGCAGAAGGCUCUUUGAAGGGGUAUUCUGUAUUUUCUGCAGCUAACACUCCAUUUGGCGCCAAAUCUAAAUAGAAUUCAAUGGAAUUCAGUUGAGAAGAAUUCAAUUGAAUUCAUUUAGAAAUGAAACUUUUUGUUUUGAUUAAAAUGGAUAAGAAAUCAUUUCAACGUAAUCAUUUUUCCUAUUCCAUCCUCAGUUAUGUAGUAAGAAAGAUGCUGCAACUAAUUUAAGAAGGGGCAUUCUGGAGGGAUAUCUAUAAAGUAAGUUUAACAGCAAACAAAUUCUCAUCAAAUUUGAUCAUUUGCAUUAUGAGAAAUCCCGCCAAAUCCUUCCAAAUGAAUUGAAUUCCUAUUGACUGACCAAAUUAGAAUUCCAACUCUUUAGAAUUCUAGGAUUUGGGACAGCCCAACUGGGUGUAAAGAAAAAAAAAAGAAAAGGUAAAAUAGAACUUACUACAGUUUUCUUUCUGCUACUAUACAAACUUAUUCGACUUAAAAUCUGGAAGCCCUCAAAUUGAUCUCCGUCAUCAAUGAUAAGCUAAUUAUGCUUCGUAUCUGUUGACCUCUUUUCUUUUUCUUUAUUUUUCUUUUUUUUUUUCUGCAGAAUUUUUUGGUACAAAUUUGCUAAUGAUAAGCUAAUGUCUCUUAUUUGUUUUUUCUUUCUAUCUAUACACAAUCAUACCAUACUUAUAUGCUGUUUCAUAUCCCUGCUUUGUUACCAUGCAUGCGAAUUAGUAUCGGUAUGUCAUUAUUUGAGGUAAAAACUCUAGAUGGUAAAAAUUAGAUAGCAUUAUUUUGUUAUAACCAUCCGCAGGCAACUCAACUCGAGAUAUUUGUUUUCUCAAUUCUUCCUCUGAUUGUUCGACUGUUCUUUUUGAAAGAAGUUGGAUAGUGUGUGAAACGGUGAGGCUGCAAUUGUUCACCGCCGAAGAUCGUCGAAUAACUUGCUUAUCUCAGAUCAUUAUGAAAAAGUGUUUUAUAAUGGAUUGGUGAACCUGGUGUUUAUUUUUUUAAGUUUUUUUUUUUAUUUUCUCAAAAUUUUACUGUGACAUUCCAUGUUCUUCGUAGUGUUGGUUAAGUGCAUUAUACAAGUUGCAGUUCUCAUGGUUUAAGAUCCUUA